AUGGAGUCCAACUCCUACUACUACGUCAAGAGGGACAAGAAGGACAAGGAUGACGUCGAGAAGAUGAAGGAACGCGCGGAAAAGAACAAACUGUUCAUCUACAUCAAGAUUCCCGAGGUGCCCGUGCGCGUGUCUUACAAGGGCAGCAAAGAGAAGAAUCUAGAAGACGUCAGAGACUUACCCUUGGUGCUGCCCACUCUGGAGUAUCACAACGUCACGUGGACGUGGCUUGACCUGCUGCUGGCCACCAAGAGCGACACAAGGAGGGUGAUCCUGUCGCAAGCAAUCCGGCAGAAACUACAGCUGCACAGACGAGCCGCCGCCGCGCCCGAGCCCCACGAGGAAGACAAGGCCCGCCUGCUGCUGGGAGAGAGGACCGUUACCGAAAACAAACCGCAAAAGAAAGGGACUCCGAGCGUGUUCAAGUUUUCCAAAUCAUAGCGACGCUUCUUCUUCUAGUGCAUUUAGGCGAACCGAACCAAAUAUAGACUUAAAUGAAUCUAAAGACAUUACAUUAAGAUAAUACCUACCUAGUGAUAAAUUAAGUAUUUAUUUGUUACUAUCACGAUACGAUAUAUUACAAUAUAAAUAUUUUGAGAGUAAUUCGUUCAAUUUCGGUAAAUGGUUUUAGGUUUUUUGAAGUGCGUAAUUUAGUUUUGAAUUUAUCUGAACAAGUGAUCCCAAAGGGGUUCUAAGACUGUGGAAAAAGAGCGAAAGUAUAAGUACACAGGCCAAACAAAUGAAAAUUAUGAUGACAUACUUGGAUAUUUCACACCAUAUUGUUAAUAAUUCCAUGGCACAACUUUUGCAACAGGUUUUAUCCUGUAAAUAUAGCUUUUCAUUUGCGUUGUGUAUGAAUUUAAUUUGGUUAGUCAAUUUAACUCAUGUCAUCCUAAGAUGUUUUUAUAGUAUAUGUCAUUGAUGUCAUCAGCCUGUAUUGGCGUACAAAACAUGUCUAUGUGAAAAUUUAGUGAUAAUCAUCGUCAAUUGGUUAGUGUUACCUACCUUAGAAGUAUUUAUCAGUUGAUCACGUCACUCCAACGAAUCAUGUUUUAAUUAAUUCUUUGUGAAAUGGUAUUUAAAAUUCCAUUCGCUCAUAAAUAUUCUCGUAUGUAAGUACAUUCAACUUAUAAAAAAAGUAUGAAAAGAGACGUUUAUUGAAAUUGAACGAACUACUGAUAAAGUAUGUGACUUCUAUAGAAACACUGUGUCAAAGUUUAUUAUAACUUCAAUUAAUAAACCAGUUCCUGUCAUAGAAAGACAAUCUCGCUGUUUGUUUGUGAGAUAACUAAAUAUUAUGUUAUAAUAUUAGCUAUAAAAUAAAAAGACAGUUUCAUAUACCUUCCAAUGAUACAAACGUAGUUUCGAUAGUUUUUUAAAAUAUUUUUUUGAAAACCUUUUCUUACUUAAAUUUGUGAUACGACACCCACGUCUUAUAAAUUAACGCAUCGAAAUGUAAGACUAUUUAUGUAUUAAAAUUAGAUAACAACUAUGUAACUAUUUUAGAGCGACUUUUUCUAAUUGCCUUUUUACUAUGGAUUUUAAACAUGAAUUUUGUCAAAAUUAACACUCAACUCAACCUCAAUAAAAGGUCAAUAAUGAUUUACGACACAAAAUAUAAUUUGUAUUUCAAUAUGACGUGCGAUUUCGUAUGUGAUUUAAGAUUUUAAUGCUACGCAUACGUAUCCUGGAAGUUUAUGGAUUAAAAAUUACGAUGCCAAAAGAACACUGUAAUCUAAAUUUUCGUUAGGCUGGGUUGCACCAUCUUACUUUAACUUUAGCAAACGUCAAAAUCUGUCAAACUCCAUACAAAAAACAACAGUUAUCGUCAUGGUUUAAGCUAGUUGGUGCUACUCAGCCUGAAAAUUGUAUAGUUUGCUAUGACCAGAUGCAAGUUGCUUGCUCGAUUGUACAUAGAUGUUAUAUGGUAGUAUGUAUUGGAACAAUGUAGGUAUGCUUGUAAUGAGCAAGAAAGACUGUUUUUAACUAGAACAAAGUUUAAUGUAAACUCGGCUAGUAGGUAUUCGUUAUCCUUUAGCUUCCUGCUUUUAAAAUAUUUGUCGAUUAUACAACCUACUUAAUCUAGAUUUUGGACUACAUAUUUUGUGAAACUUUAAGAUAUAAGGCCCAACAAUUUUGUAUGAGUACUAUUUAACUAAGCUUUUAAAUGGCUGAUUACUUUGUACUAGAGAAAUGAAAAAUUUCAUAUUAAUAUUCCAUAAUCAUAAAAACUACAAAUUUUAUUUCGUUGAUAAUAUUGUUAUGCACUCUUUAACUCAUACUUCCAUUUGAAUUUGUAAUAUUUACUACAGUGGUAGCCGUAGGGGCUCUAGACUUUCGGUUAAACAAUUCAGUAUUCUUAACUUUUAAGAUAAUAGUGUUUUAUACUUCUCGUUAUUUUUGUAUAAUUACUGGCAAAUAAAGAAUCGACUUGUUAUUUAAUAAAUAUUUUAAUUAAU